UUGUUUUUAAAGGGACAGAAUAAUUUCAUGGGCGAGGGCUUUGGACUAAGAGCCAAGCAGAAAAUAGCAUAGCAAAGGCCCGUUGGCAGAGGUGCCUAUAGGACGUGGAAAGGAGAAGAAAGGCAAUCACAACAGCUUUGUCGACAUUCAGAAAGCAGGAUUUGGUGUCCUCAUCGGUCAGAUAUAUCUUCGUUACACUGUGGGAUUUCAACGCAGAUAGUUAGACGUCGAUUACACUGAAGAUCUGGAGAUCCUGUCUGCUGUCUAAAAUAGGAUCAAACUCUUCCUCCAGCUAUGAUGGGAAUGUUAGUUUGCUGACUGCUGCAGCCCUUGUCAUUGUCAUCGUUAUAUGUGUUUGCUGUGGGGGAGGAACAGAAAGAAAGGCCUGCACUCCCUCAUUCCAUGCAAGUAACCUUUCAACUCCUCACGGUCUUGAAGCAACGACUCUAGAGCCCCGACAGAGAGGACGGAGAAACAGAGGAGGAGGAAAGGGCAGGAGUUCUUAGAGAGUGGAAAAGGAAUUAACUUCAAAGAGAACUUAGAAAAAGAGUUGUGUCUCUGGAAUGCCUGGCUCAGGAUGCAGCCGCUGAGCAGUCCACUCCUUUCAGGAGCCAAGGGGAGGAGUGAUUGGCCGCUGGCCUUAUUUGGGUGGAGUUGUAGGAGGGAGAUUACUUAUUCAUUGGCACGUUCUGCAAGGCCCCUCCCACCUCACUGACGCUCUGCCCUUGGCCCCUGUUAGCUGCCUGUGUAUCUGGGAAUGUUGUUGUUGCAUCAGAGGGGCAGUGUUGGAGAUGGCCAAACUCAGGGGCUAAGGUCAGGGUCAAGAUUCAAGGGUCAACACAAUUCAGAAGCUGCAGGGGUGGAUGUGGAAAGACCUGAAGCCAAGCUGCAGGCACCGACAGGCAUAAGCUGUAUGCACUGUGGAAAUCAGCUUGUCCUAACUCCACACCUGACCCGUGGAAACUAAAGCCUUUCAUCUAUGAGACGGGAAGCUUACUUUCACUUCCACAGCCUUGUUGCACUUUUUCAGACAUUCUAGAACUCUCUGGAGUUAGUGUCUUUAUUAUUUAACAUUGCACAACUUCCCCUGAAACAAUCACCCAGCACAAACAAAGUCACUAUGCGUCACAUCCAUGUGGAACUGGCUCGUAAAGAGCCGGCCGUUGAGCUUCCAGCCCAGGACGGGGAUCUACCUCUGCCUAGCACUCGGAGCGAGAGCCCUGAAUCUGAAGUACGGCGAGUCGUUCCCAGACCUUUUGGAGAAGAAGAGAUCAGGCUACAGAAGGUCUACCAGCUAUCCAUCCUCUCCCAGAGAGGUGGCUUCGGGGAGAGUCAAGAGACUCUUCGGCCUGUCCGAGUAGGUAUGAAACGUAGCCUGGAGGGGAUGCCGGUUCCUGUCGCCCAUAAGCGUCUUUUCCAACAGGAUGAGGAUGAUGACGACGAUGAGUCCGAUGGGGAGGUGUUGUGUGGCUCUGGGGUGGAACCACUUUUUUCCAACUCGCUCCUUGAGCACAGAGACUCAGAAAUUCCUAGGUCGCCUCCCCUUUCCCCUUCGCAUCCACCGAUUCCUGGUCGCCGGCCAGCCCAGCACAACCAUGACAGGCCCGUCCCGGAUGCCUUCGCCCCGCUGUCCCCAAAAUCUCCUCCUAUGGUGGACCCACAGGGCCCUCACUCCACCUGGGGCCACUGUGAGGGAAGUCCUCCCACCCUCACUCCCAGAACCGAGGCCUCCACAGCAGCAAACGUCCCGGCUGGCACCAGCGAUGAGCCAAGGGAUGAAGGCCAUAACUCUGUCGACGUCAAGGGCAUGUUGUGCGCCACAGAGAGCAGUUGGGCGCCUGUCCCGUUUUCAACACCAGCUGAAGCUAUUGAAUGGGGGACGACCUUUGAAUCUUCUCCUCCACCGGCAGAGACGAAGACCUCCUCCUCUAACGGACUGAGCUGUCUUGAGAAAACACCAGUGGAAGCAAAUGGCCUGGUAUCAGGAUCAUCCAAUUCCUGUCCAGUGAAGAAAAGACUUCUCUCCUCCAGUGAUACAGGAGAGUCCUGCUCAGAGGAUGAGGGUCCAUCUACAUCAAAACGCAGUCGGCUGGCACUGUUGGCACCGGGGCUCGGAUUAGCAUCCUGUCGCAGCACUGAUGCCAAGGGUGCACCCUUCUGGAACCAUCUACUGCCCUCAGCAAGGGAGCACACCAAGACUGCUACAGACUGUUCACGAUCAGGGAGAAGGCUCAAAGUGGGGAGUCGACUCAAAUCUCGACAGUUACGCAGUGGACGCCGAACAGACACCAGUCGCUCCUGUAGUUCAAUCUCCUCUUUAUCCUCCAUUAGCAGACCUCUUCUUGGCAACUUUGAGGAGUCCAUUCUGAAGGGUCGUUUUACUCCAUCUGGGCAGAUAGAGGGCUUCACAGCAGAGAUCGGGGCUAGCGGCUCCUAUUGCCCGCAGCAUGCCACCUUACCUGUGCAAGUGACUUAUUAUGACACCUCAGAGCACAGCGCACCUUCUCCCUUCCUGGGGGUGAUCUUGCUAGAACCACUUGGAAAAAAAGGAUACAGCGUACCCAAAGCAGGGACCAUUCAAGUGACCUUAUUUAACCCCAAUAAGACUGUGGUUAAAAUGUUUUUGGUGACAUAUAAUUUUGGGGACAUGCCCGUCAAUCACAUGACCUUCUUGCGCCAUCGUAUCUUCCUGGUGCCUGUGGAUGAGGCGGAGGGGUCAGGGGAGGGGCAGGAGGGCUCACUGUCUGACAGGAAGAAGAUUCUCUGCUACUUGAUACACCUCAGAUUCCAGAGUUCCAAAUCUGGGAAAAUCUACUUGCACAAUGAUAUCCGGCUGCUAUUCUCCCGCAAGUCCAUCGAGGUGGACACUGGGAUUCCUUACGAGCUGAAAUCUUUCACCGAGGUGCCAAGAAACCCCAAAUACUCCCCCAGAGUGUGAGAUCGGGAUGCCCUGCAGCAGUGGGGCAGAAGGACUGCAUUAAUAAAGAUUGCAAGACAAGAGACUCCUAUACACUUGAACACAGACACACUUGCACUCAUACAUGCAGAUGCAGACAGAUGUAUGUACAUACACACAGAUAUAACACCCUCUUGAGGGCCAGCUCUAGAACUGAGUGUGUAACAUGCAUGCCUUGUGACUUAAUUGAGUUUUCCUCUAGUGCCGUUAAACAGUUAUGCUUUGCCCUUCACUCAGCCUGCACCUGCCCAUUGUGGACCAGUUGUAACCAUGCCCACCAACCUGCUCUAUUCUAAAAUGUUGGCGACCAUCAGUAGAUACGGACUCCCUCGAUCAAAGAGGACUGAGUGGAUGUACAAAGAGGUGUUGAAUGAGACCAACGAGAAUGUAUGGAGGCAAAGCAAAUAGAAAAAGAGACUUCUGAGGACCAGAUUGGAGUUUCAACAAUGGACACCACCUGUAACUUGCCUAUUGGAGGGGAUAAGAAAGUUCUAGAAAGAAAGAGACCAGUGGGAGAGAGGACUGAAAGUACAUCCAUUCAGUAUCGGCAUUGUGUUCGUAAAGCGUGGAUCGUAAAGAGGAGGAAGAGCUCAUUAUUUUGGACAUUUUCUCUUUUUGGACGGGCAGUUUGGAGGACAUUGCUGUUCCAACUUCUUCUGAACAGUCCAACAUCAGAGCAGAAAACAAACUGUAGUAUUUAUGUUCGCAAAUGUCUUAAAAAAAAAAAAGAAAGCAAUAUGCUGCACAACUAGAGUGAUUUCAUUUUUGUGGAGGUAGUAGGUGCCCUCACUGUUAGGAUGGAGGGAAAAGAUUGCCAAGUGAGUGAUGGAGGGAGGGAAAAAGGAGGGAACGGGAGGGAAUUUGGGGUAUUUAAAAUCAGAAAAUGUUGUUUAUGUAUAUUUUAAAAAUUGAUUAAACUCUGCGACUUGCGAGUGAAACAAGUGUUUGACCGUAAUUUGCCAAGAGAUACUUGAGAAGCAAUGCCAAGGUUUGCUCCUGUAUGUUUUGUGUAUGAUCAAUAAAAUACAUUCACUUACAACGCAUUAAAAACAAGCUUGUGUAGAUUAAAUAAAAACACCUCUAUAGUUUCAUGCCAAGAGGCCUCAACCGCAGCCCAGAUAGCCCCCCUAAGAAAUUUGUGGACACAAUCUUGCUUUUUGCGCUUUAGCAUGAAGAAAAUCUGCUGAUCGGAACAGCAAUAAAAUCUCAAAAUAGUCUUGAAAAUGGUGUACACCUGAAAAUGUCACUUCAAGUUAUUUAAAGAUGAUUGGCUUCAGGCAAUAUGAUUCAACAGCAUGUUAGCCUAUAUGAAAUUUGCACAAAUGGUGGUAUAGUUGGCAGGGGUUGUAUUAUUGUGAUACUGUCACUGUACUGAUUUGCUGUUGAGAUAUUAGAAAAUACUUUAGGUUAAUAAAAAGUACAUUCUAUGCAGAGUUUAAUGCA